AUGGCGAAUACAUCAGAUGACAAAUGCCUAUCUAUACAAGAGCGUGACUGCAAAAGCGCAAUGAGCGAAAUUCCUGGCAAUGAUAUCAAUCCAGUGGUUGAAUUGUGUGUUUUUGCAAUUUUAUUUAAUUGCGCGGAGCCGAGCAUUUCCUUGGGUAGAUGCAAUCUUUCAUGCGAUGAAGACCAUCAUGCACAGGUACAAGUCAAUCAGGGUUUAUCAGUGGGACCACCGGGAAAAGCAGGCCCUGUUGGUCCGCCAGGCAGUCCCGGACCACCCGGAGUGAGAGGUCCCAUUGGAGAAUCAUGUGAUUGCACAAAAUACGACAACGUUCUCAGCAGGAUAGUUCAAAAUCGUUUUCGGGAUUGCGUUGAAGUGAAAUCUGUUAUAAGAACAAGUGGAGUGUCGGUGAUUUUUCCUUCAGAUGAAUAUGGUGGGGUGCAUGUCUACUGUGAUCAAGAUACAGAUGGAGGUGGAUGGAUUGUAUUUCAACGACGAGUCGGAGGUCCGGAAGAUUUUUAUCGAGGUUGGGAUGACUACGUCACUGGUUUUGGCAGCAAAGAGCUGGACUUUUGGUUGGGAUUGAAAACUAUUCAUCAACUCACAAACAACGGUACGUGGGAACUUCGAGUCGAUUUGAAAGAUUUUGACGGAAAUUCAGCAUUUGCUAAAUACAGUUUAUUUGCUGUGACUGGAUCGUCAGACAACUAUCGCGUCACCGUGUCCGGAUAUUCUGGAAAUGCAGGUGACAGUCUGAGCUAUCACAAUAAGAUGCCUUUCAGCACGAAGGAGAGAGACAAUGACCCCGAUACCAGAUCUUGUGCCACCUUGUACACAGGAGCGUGGUGGUAUAACAUGUGUCACGAAAGCAACCUGAACGGCGUUUACAAUGGGUCCUCCGUGGACGCAAAAGGGGUCUCUUGGUACCUUUGGCACUCAACCCACGCCAGUUUGAAACGGGCGGAGACGAAAAUAAGAAGAUUAGAUUGACAUUGGAAAAAGAUUUAAAUAAAGUUCGGUUUU